UGCAAAAUACUGAUGUCUGUAUCUCACGUCUUUAUGAGAUUUACAGGGUAUUCUCUGCUUUAACAUGCUUAGUGUGCUGCCUUCAUUUGAAGCAAAGAAUUAUUUCGUUCAUUGAGAUGAUAUCCUAUCCACUUCUUAAAUGGCUUUCUCUUAUAGAAGAUGAUAGCGUCAGUAAUCAACUUCAGCUUUUAUGGGAAGAAAUUCUUCUUUGUUUAAGGAGGUGUCAGCCACCAAUAGUUUUUGACUCUGCCUCUCUCAAACUCCAUGCACCUCUAUUGGAGAUGACACUUGAUCACCCCAAUUCGUCUAUAUCAGAGCCUACAAUUGCCUUUUGGAAUUCCACAUAUGGGGAGCAGAUCAACUUACAAUUUCCCCAGAAUUUAGUCAAUGUCUUAGACAAACUCUCCAGAAACAAGAGAAUAACUCUUCAGAAGAGAAACCUGCCAUUUCUUGUAAAAUGUCAAUCCACAUCGGAGGUCCUUGCUCGUCAUCGAUAUAGGGCUACUGCUACUAACAACAGCAUAUCAAAAAGAGUAGAGUUAGUGGAGGAUACACUGAACCAAUCUGAGCAAACAGUUAAGGUGUGUUCUAGUUUGAAACGCAAGCGGAUAGAACUAACCGAGCAUCAAAAAGAAGUCAGGCGCGCUCAGCAAGGAAGGGAGAGGGAUUGUAGUGGACAUGGUGCGGGAAUCAAAACUUAUACUAAUGUAGAUUUUUCACAAGGUAAUGGGGACUCUCAAGAGAGUCAAGAAAUAUAGAAUCCAGAGUCUUGCUUGGAAGAGCCGAGCCGAGAAGAGCUGCAGAGAUUUAGCAAUUGCGGAUAUGGAGACGAAGAGCUGAAUGACUUAAUGAUAGCAUUGAUGGUGUGGAAAUCUUUCACUAUUGGAAACAGAUUCUGGUAACCGUGGUUAUCUUGUUAUCUGCCAUCUCUUCCUUUCCGUUUGUUGGCUCUUACCUCCUCAAAAUCAUCCAUGGCAUUGGAAUCAACAGCAUGUGGCUCUCAAAUGGGAUGUGUUCCUUUUGUUUGAAACUAUAGGCUUGAUGUUGGAAAUAACUUGUAGAGCUUCAGAGAGCACAUAAAAGUUGGUAAUAGUGUCUUUAUUGUUAUUUCCUAUUGGUCGAUUGUAUUAUAUUUAUCAAAAAAAAAAAUGUAUCAUAUACAGUAUAAAUUAUAGUAGA